ACGGGUGGUGUGAGCCUCUGCUCGCCCCAUCUCCAUUAUUAGCUAGUCAACCGCGACUCCGCGAGUGCUCUCCACGCGCUAGACUAGCAAAGUAGCUAGAGCGUCGUCCAUGGCAGCAACGGCGGCGAAGAGCGUCGACUUCCCCGCUGGCGUCAACGGCGGCUCGGCAACAACGAACCCAGCAAAUGGCGGCGAGGGCCACCGAGACAUCGAGGCUGGCGGCGGCUGGGCGAGCACGUCGGCUCCGACGACGACGACGACGACGGCGACACAAGGGCCGACGACGAGGGGGCAGCGCCUGGCCUCGCUGGAUGUCUUCAGAGGCAUCACCGUCGUGCUUAUGAUCCUUGUGGACGAUGUUGGUGGCCUUGUCCCAGCCAUCAGCCACUCUCCGUGGGACGGCGUCACACUUGCAGAUUUUGUGUUCCCCUUCUUCCUCUUCAUCGUUGGAGUCUCAUUGGCCUUUGCGUACAAGAGAGUGCCAAACAAAACCCUGGCAACCAAGAAGGCUCUAAUCCGGGCUUCAAAGCUCUUCCUUCUAGGCCUACUACUGCAAGGUGGCUACUUUCACACCAUCCACGAUCUUAGUUACGGAGUCGAUCUUCACAAGAUACGGUUAAUGGGCAUACUUCAGAGAAUUGCAAUAGCCUACUUUGCAGUGGCACUAUGCGAAAUAUGGCUACGAGGUGGUGCAAGUGACAAUGGAGCCGGUGGCUAUGUCUUGAUCAGAAGAUACCGUCAUCAGCUGUUUGUGGGUUUGGUUCUCACGGUCACCUACACGGUGCUUUUGUAUGGCAUGUAUGUGCCAGAUUGGGAAUAUGUGGUCACAUCUCCAGACACCACUUUGAAAAACUUUAUGGUGAAAUGUGGGGUGAGGGGUGAUACAGGGCCUGGCUGCAAUGCUGUCGGCAUGAUCGAUCGAUGUGUUCUUGGAAUCCAACAUCUCUACGCACACCCAGUUUAUCUCAAAACAGCGCAAUGCAGCAUCAACUCCCCUCGAAAUGGGCCGCUUCCAUCAGAUGCUCCAACAUGGUGUGAAGCCCCCUUUGAUCCUGAGGGCCUGCUCAGUUCCUUGAUGGCAAUUGUGACCUGCUUGAUUGGCCUCCAGAUUGGCCAUGUCAUUGUGCACUUCAAGCAGCAUAGCAAAAGAAUAGUACGGUGGUCUAUUCCAUCGCUAAUCUUGCUGAUUCUUGGCGUCUCGCUUGACUUGUUUGGCAUGCACAUGAACAAAUCGUUGUAUAGUCUGAGCUACACCUGCGUCACCACGGGCUCGGCGGGUCUCUUCUUUGCAGGAAUCUAUUUGCUGGUGGAUGUUUAUUUUUACAAGAAGCCGUUUUUCCCUAUGGAGUGGGUGGGUAAGCAUGCUCUCAUGUUUUUUGUUCUAGUGGCAUGCAACAUCGCCCCAAUCCUGAUACAUGGCUUCUAUUGGAGGGAACCACAGAACAACCUUUUGAAAUUCAUCGGAAUUGGAGGCUGACCGCUUCGUCGAUGUCUACAUGAUUUGUUCAGGGGAAAACAAUAACACAGCAUACACCACCGAUUUCGUCAAUAGUGCGGUGCCCACAUGUUUAGAGUUGGCUCUUACUCUUACACGGAGAAAGUCAAUGUACAAAUCAUGAUCUCUAUAUGUGUUGGUUUUUUUUCUUUUUAUUACAUUUCGUCCCAUCAGAAUCACUCAGAGGUAGUAUUAUUGCAGUCUGAUUUUUCCCAA